GUUGCUAUGACACCGCCUCAGCCUCUGUAGACGCUUCGGAGUGAAGCAUUGUGGGAUACAUACAACAGAAGUAGUGGAAGAUGUGUUGAGCAGAAACACUCGAGUUAAAGUUUCACUGAUUAAACAACAUCAAGAUGAAGAGUGUUUUCAUCCUCGCCGACAAAGCCUGGGCAGGUUCUAACCUACUGUAUAAGUGGCAGAAAAGCCUCGGUAAUUAUAUCGCUAUUGCAGGACAAGACAACUCAGUGAAAAUAUUUGAUCGACAUGGACACAAGUGGACGGAACUCAACCUAGCAGGGCGCUGUGUGGGGAUGGACUGGGAUAAAGAUGGAGACAUUUUGGCAGUGAUAGCUACAAAAUCCAGCUUCAUCUACCUCUGGGAUGCCAGCGUCAAUAAAACAUCCCAGAUAGACAGCGGCAUGAGAGAUCAGAUGUCCUUCAUCUUGUGGUCAAAGACGGGCCCGCUGUUAGCAGUUGGAACAGUCAAAGGAAAUCUGUUGAUUUACAAUCAGCAGACCUCACGCAAGAUCCCUGUACUGGGUAAACACACCAAGAAGAUCACUUGUGGGUGCUGGAGCGCUCAGAACCUACUGGCUUUGGGAAGUGAUGACAACACUCUGAGCAUCAGCAAUCAUGAGGGCGACACCAUCAGACAGACAACCCUUCGCGGUGAGCCUGCUGAGAUGAACUUUUCAGUGAUGAAGACGGAUGAAAGAUCCGGGCAAGGAGAGAAUACUGUGAGUUUGUCUGUGGACAAGAAGAUACUGAUGCUCUUCAAUAUCAACGACCCUGAGAACCGGAUAGAGUUGACCUUCCAGCGCCACUAUGGAAACAUCGUGUCCUACCGCUGGUACGGUGAUGGGUAUAUUCUGAUUGGCUUCUCCCAUGGGUACUUUGUGGUUAUUUCCACUCACAUCAGGGAGAUUGGGCAUGAGCUCUAUCAGGCUCACAACCAUAAAGAUAGCCUCAACAGUGUGGCCAUCUCGCCAGCAUUAAACAAGGCUGCCUCCUGCGGGGACAACAGCAUAAAGAUCCACGAGUUGUCUGAGCUCAAAGAUAUCAGCAAUGUAAUUCGGCUGGAUGAUGAGACUAAAGGUCUGGACCAGCUGAACUGGACAGACGACGGCCAGCUGUUGGCGAUCUCCACACAGAAAGGGACGCUCCACGUCUUCCUGACCAAGCUGCCCAUCCUGGGUGGCAGCUUUGGUACCCGGCUGGCCUACCUCACCUCCCUGCUGGAGGUCACUGUGUCCAACCAGGUGGAGGAGGAGAGUCCAGUGACCAUAGAAGUGGAAGUAGAGCCUACUUUCAUUGCGAUGGGGCCGUACCAUGUGGCUGUGGGAAUGAACAACAGAGCCUGGUUCUACGCCUUGGUAGACCGAGAACCUGGUUUCAAUAAGCUGAAGGACAUUGAGUAUUUGGGGACGAUAGCCAGCAUGUCUCUUAACUCAGACUACGCAGCAGCACUGUUUGAAGGAAAGGUGCAGCUGCACAUGAUCGAAGGCAAAGACCAGGAUGAGAAGAAGCAGAUGAAGUUGUUUCCAGACAAUGACAGACAAGGUCGGAUCCUUUGCCACGCACUCACUGCUGACUUCCUCUACUAUGGCACUGAUUCAGGUAAUGUGGUGUGUGCCUUGGUGGAGGACUGGCAGAUUGUGAGCAGCUACAGCCACUCGGUUGGUGUGAGGAAAGUGUUCCCAGACCUAAAUGGCGCACGGCUGGUUUUCAUCGAUGACAAGAACUGCGGCUUCCUGCUCUCCCCUGCAAAUGCUACAGACUCCUGCUUUGAGCUCCCCAACUUCUCUCCCACCAUCACGGGAGUGCUGUGGGACAACUGGCAUGCUGACAGAGGAGUGUUUGUAGUUUAUGAUGAUGACAAGGUCUACACCUACGCCCUGCACAAAACCACCAUAUAUGGCCCCCGGGUGGUGUUGGUGGGGAGCACCCCACUCCCUUUUUCCCAGAAGCCUUUGCUCUUGUACAACGGGGAGUUGACAUGUCAGACGGAGAGCGGCAAGACCAGUGAAGUGUCUCUGAGCACACACGCCUUCCUCAAGAGACCAGGCGGCACAUCGACUGAUGCACCACCAGAGCCCGGCAAGCAGCUCGCCCAGGCGCUGAUGCUCAAGAGGUUCCAUGAAGCCUGUGGUCUGUGUAAGUCUGCAGGUAGUAACACAGACUGGCCAGAGGUAGGCAAAGCCUGUCUGGUCCACAUGGAGGUCGAGCUGGCCAUCAAGGUCUACCGCAUGAGCGGCAAUGUGGGCAUGGUCCUGUCACUGCAGGGCAUUCAGGGUAUAGAGGACAUGAAUUUACGGGCAGGACAUUUGGCCAUGUUUCUAGGUGAAUACAACCUGGCCCAGGACCUGUAUCUGUCCUCAGGCUGCCCAAUCGCUGCCCUCGAGAUGAGGAGAGACCUGUUGCAUUGGGACAGCGCUCUUAUGUUAGCCAAGAGGUUAGCGGAAGACCAAAUUCCCUUUAUAUCCAAAGAAUACGCUGUCCAUCUGGAGUUUAUUGGCGACUAUGUGAAUGCUCUAGCACACUAUGAAAAAGGCAUGACCCAAAAUGAUAAAUCUCCUCUUCCACCGCCCUCACCUUCCUCCAUCCCCCCCCUCGCUGUGCAGUUCCAGGAGCAUGACGAGGCGUGUAAAGCCGGUGUAGCCAGGAUGUCCAUCAGGAUGGGUGAAAUCAGGAGAGGAGCCGCUCAGGCAAUUCAGCACCCAAGCAGAGUCCUCAAGAAGGAAUGUGGAGCCAUACUGGAGAGCAUGAAGCAAUUCCCUGAAGCCGCUCAGCUCUAUGAAAAAGGACAGUAUUAUGACAAGGCUGCAUCGGUCUACAUUCGUUGCAAGAACUGGGCGAAGGUGGGAGAGCUGCUGCCACAUGUCUCCUCUCCCAAGAUCCACCUGCAGUACGCCAAGUCCAAGGAGGCGGACGGCAAGUAUAAGGACGCUGCACAGGCCUAUGAGAGCGCAAAAGACUGGGACAACGUGAUACGUGUGUUGCUGGACCACCUGAACAACCCGGAGGAGGCUGUUCGCAUCGUCAGGGAGACGCAGAGCAUCGACGGAGCAAAGAUGGUUGCCAGGUUUUUCCUGGGGUUGAACGACUACGGCUCAGCCAUCCACUUCCUGGUGCUCUCUCAGUGCAACGAUGAAGCUUUCCAACUGGCACAGCAGCACGGGCAAAUGGAGGUCUAUGCAGACAUCAUCGGUCCUGAGGCGACGCAGGAGGACUACCAGAGCAUUGCUCUCUACUUUGAGGGAGAGAAGAAACACCUGCAGGCUGGCAAGUUCUUUCAGAAGUGUGGGCAGUACAGCAGAGCCCUGAAACACUUCCUGAAGUGUCCCAACACUGAUGACAACCUGGCAGUCGAGAUGGCUAUAGAGACGGUGGGUCAGGCCAAGGACAGUUCUCUGACCAAUCAGCUGAUAGAUUACCUGAUGGGAGAGAGUGACGGCAUGCCCAAGGAUGCUAAGUACCUGUUCCGUCUGUAUAUGGCGCUGCAGCAGUAUAGGGAGGCUGCUCGCACCGCCAUCAUCAUCGCCAGAGAAGAGCAGUGUGCAGGGAACUACCGUAAUGCUCAUGACGUGCUGUUCAGCAUGUACACGGAGUUGCAGGCCCAGAAGAUUAAAAUCCCAGCUGAGAUGGCCACCAAUCUGAUGAUCCUCCACUCCUACCUGCUGGUCAAGAUUCAUGUAAAGAGGGGAGACCACCUAAAAGGGGCACGCAUGCUCAUUCGUGUCAGCAACAACAUCAGCAAGUUUCCUGCACAUGUUGUUCCUAUUCUGACAUCAGCAGUCAUCGAGUGUCACCGUGCCGGACUGAAGGACUCGGCCUUCAGCUUUGCCGCCAUGCUGAUGAGACCAGAGUACCGAAACGAGAUCGACCCAAAGUACAGGAAGAAGAUCGAGGCCAUGGUUCGACGUCCACACACAUCAGAGCUGGAGGAAGAAACUACUCCAUGUCCCUUCUGUGGCUUCCAGCUGCCACAGAACGAACUGCUGUGCAUCUCCUGCAAGAACAACCUGCCCUACUGCAUUUCCACGGGUCGUCAUAUGCUGAAAGAAGACUGGUCUGUGUGUCCUCAUUGUGAAUUUCCCGCCCUUUACUCUCAGUUCAUUCUGUUGCUGGAAACGGAGACGGUGUGUCCCAUGUGCUCGGAGACUCUGAGUGACAAACAGGUAAAGAAGAUCCCUGAUUGUUCCAAAUACCUGCAGACUGAUGAGCUGGAGCAGUAAAGAAAAAACAACCGAUCACAUGUAUAUAAAUGUCAAGCCUUUUUCUAUUUGUUUAAAUGUUCUAAUAUAUAUUUUUGGAUGGAUUGUAUGUAGCUUUUAGUUUUGUACCAUGUGAAAAACAUACCUGAAUUUCAAAGAUGAAUCAAAUAAAGAAUGCUGUAUAUUUAGGUGAAA